ACAACAACUAUGGCCUCCGACAACAUUCAGGAGCCGGCCAUGGCAGAAUCAGAAGUAGCACCAACAAUGGAGUAUGUGAGUGUUGUUGAUCCUUCACAGCAUACAGCUGAUACAGAAGCUCUCAUCAAGUCUUUACACAUGGAUCCGUAUGAUGAAGAUGAAACUGAGUUGAGAUUUCUACAUUCUAAACCAACAUGUUUUAUACUGAUUGGUAAACCUGGAAGUGGUAAAACAACUCUAGCUAGAAGAUUAGCCAUGGAAUGGAAGUGUGAAUUUAUAAAUGCAACUGAUUUAAUUCUGCAAAAUUUGGAACUACAGACAGAGGUUGGUUUAAAAUUUAAUGAAAUAUUAACUCGUGGGGAAGCUAUACCAGAAGAAAUGGUUAUAAAAAUGAUUGAAGAUAAAAUAAAUUCACCUGAAGUUGCUCAUCAUGGGUAUGUAUUGGAUGAUUUUCCCUGUUUAUCGGAAUCGUUUAUAACAAUACAAGAUCAACUGGAACUGGUUAAAAACUGGAAGCUAAGACCUGAUUUUAUAAUUAAUCUGAAGAUUCCUGAUAAUGAUAUAGAGAAGAGACGUUUAGGUCAGAAGAUUGAUCCCAUCACAGGAGAAAUUUAUACUAAAGAUGUUUAUGAUCCAGAAAAAGUACAAAAAACGGCAAUGGAAAGAGAAGGUGAAGAAGAAGAAGAGGAGGAGGAAGAAGAUGAUGAUGAAGGAGGGGAAGAAGAAACUGAAGAAGAAACUUUACCACAAGAAUUAUUAGAAAGAUUAAUUCGAAGACCAGAAGAUAUAGAACAACAAGUAGAAGAUAAUAUUCUAAAGUAUAAAAAUAAUAUGUUGAGAAUAUUAGAGGAUUAUAUGGCUGAUCAUGAUCAACAGUAUUUAAUAGAAGUAGAUGCUAACCAAACAAUUACAGUUUUAUUUAAGCAAUUGUUAGCACGUUUGAGUUGUUUUGUGUUACGACCAGCAGCAGUACCCAUCAGGUUAUGGGAUCCUGAAGAUGAAGAAAUUCCUGAAGACACAGACACAGAUGAACUCAUGAGGCUGUUGGCACCAAAACAAAUGGUGGCACCAAGAUAUCGAUGGAGAAGAAGUCGAUGGCUGAGAUAUUGUCCUGUGGCUUUAUUUGAAGGAAAUAUGACACAAGGCAAGCCGGAAUAUGCUGUUAGUUUUUUGGAUAAAAUCUACUGUUUGUCAAGUGCUGAAGCCAUGGAGAAGUUUUUGAAAAAUCCUAGACCCUACCUGUUGCCACCACAGCCAAGACCACCAUGCAAACUCGCAGUUCUUGGAGCUCCAUUAUCAGGAAAAACAACAGUUUGCCAUCUGCUGGCAAACAAAUAUGAUGCAAAGGUAAUAGAUGUGGAAGAACUUAUUAAACCGAAAUUAAGUGAAGAGAGAAAAAAUGUCAUACAAAAAAUUCGAGAUGAAACUACAGAAACUGCCAUUCUUACUGUUAAAACAAAACUAAAGGAACAAAUGGAAGCUGCUAGAGAAGCUGAACUUGAGGCAAUGGCUGCUGAAUCAGAGGAACAAGAAGAAGAAGAGGAGAGUGAAGAAAAAGAAGAAGAAACAGGUUCACCUAAAGAUGAAACUCCUAGAGAAACACAAGAACAGACAGAUUCACCAAAGGAAGAAGGAAAAGUUGAAACCCCAGAAAUAGCAAAACCUGAAUCUGCCAAAAUUGAAUCUGUUCCUGAACCUGAAGUUGAUGCUACUCAUCCAGAAGUUAUUGCUAUAGUAGACGCUGCAGUGAGGGAAGCUGAAAAACAAGAAGUCCAGUUACCAGCAGAUGUCUAUAUAGAAGUUAUGGAGGCAGCCAUUAAGGAUGCAGAGAGAGAAUUACAGAAAAAGAAACCAAAUGGACCCAUGAGUGGUGGCUGGAUAUUAGAUAAUUUCCCCAACACACGAGAUCAGUGGGCUGUGUGUAUUGAGAAAAACAUUACUCCAGAUGAUGUGAUUAUAUUAAAAGAUAAUAGUGAUAAUGGAAGCUGUUUAAUGGAAAGAUAUUAUCAAUUAAAUAAAGAAGAGGUCGACCAAAAGAUGAAUAUACGAUUAGCACAAGAAAGCGAAGAAAAGGCUAAGAAAGAAGCUGAAAAGAAACGUCAGGAAGAAGAAGCCAAGAAGGCUGCAGAAGAAGCCAAAAGACAAGCUGCUGAAGAAGAAAAACAGAGACGAUUAGAAGAAGGGGAAGAAGUUACUGAAGGUGACGGUGAAACAACAGAUCAUCAGUCUGUAGAUGGUGAUGAAGAAAGAGAAUCACAAACAGAAGAUACACCAAAAGAUGAAUUAGAAAUGGGUGACAAGCCAGAAAUUCCUCCAGCAGGGGAAGGUGAUGAAGAUUCCCUACCUGCUGAAUCAGAAAAGUCGAAAAUUCCUGAUGGUCCGGAAAUGGAUAUAUUUAGAGAGAAAAAGAAAGAGUUUGAGAAAGAAUUUCCAUCUGUACAUUCUACUAUUAGUGGUAAUACGUCUAUAGAGCCACAGACAGUUGAUAUAGAAGAUCAAACUAUAGAAAAAGUUGUACAGAAUGCUGUUGAUAAAAUAGAAAAACCAAUUAGAUAUCAAGCGUGGGAAAGAUCUGGUAUAGAUAUUGAUGAAGAAGAAGAAGAUAUAGAGAAUGAUAUACCUGAAGAAGAGGAAGAAGAACCAGAAGAGGAAGAAGAUCCCAAUCGUAGCAGAAAGAAACACCUAGGAGAAACCAAUCAUUUCUGCCCAGUUACUCUAAAAGAGAAUAAUGUUUUAGCACCAGGAAAUCCUGAAAUAGCUGCUAUAUUCAGAGAAAGGAUAUAUUAUUUUACUACAUUAGACAGUAAAGAUAAAUUCUUAGAAAAUCCUGUAGAAUUUUUACCUACGACCAAAACACCACAGACACCACCAACAAGAUUAUUGAUAUUAGGUCAGAAAGGAGCAGGUAAAACACUACAUGGACGUAAUUUGGCUCGUAAACUAGGUUUAUUUCACAUAUCAUUCAAUGAAAGACUACAGGAACUGAUUAUAGCUAAAACUAAGCGUAAAAUAGGACCAGAAUACGAAGAAGAACCAUUUCCUGUUUUAGAAGAACAAGAAGAAGAAAAUGAAGAUGGAGCUAUAAUAGGACCUGAUGGUGAACCUGUUAAUACUGAUAAAGAUUUAGAAACCAAAGAAUCAGGUGUAGUUGAACCUGAGGAAGAAGAAAUUGAGAUAGAGUUUACAGAAGAUGAGGAAGCUAUUAAAGCUAAUCUUGAAUCUGAUGAACCACUUCCAUCGGAAGUCAUGGAUAAUAUUCUAACACAAUGGUGGCAUAAAGAACCAUUCAAGUCAACAGGUUUUAUUUUGGAAGGAUUUCCUAGAACAGCAGAUGAAGUACGAUAUUUAGCCGAGAUGGGUUUGUUUACUGAUGCUGCUCUCAUUCUGUCAGUAACUGAUGCUGAUGUCAUAGGACGUCUGCUACCACCAAAACUAGACAUAUGGAAAAUCAAACGAGAUAAACGUGUGGCAAUCAAAGAAAAACGCAAAGAAAAGGCUAAAAAAAAAAGGGUAAGCUAG